AUGGAUUACCACCUGCUUGGAUUAAUUUUAUCUUUUCUCUUCAGUGGCACAAAGGUCUUAGCCGGUUACCCAAUUUGGUGGUCCCUCGCAUUAGGCCAGCAGUACAGCUCCCUGGGGUCCCAGCCCAUCCUCUGCGGCUCCAUCCCUGGCCUCGUCCCCAAGCAGCUCCGCUUCUGCCGGAACUACAUAGAAAUCAUGCCCAGCGUGGCCGAGGGGGUGAAGCUGGGCAUCCAGGAGUGCCAACACCAGUUCCGAGGCCGCCGCUGGAACUGCACCACCAUUGAUGACAGCCUGGCAAUCUUUGGGCCCGUCCUGGACAAAGCCACACGAGAGUCUGCCUUUGUCCACGCCAUCGCAUCAGCCGGCGUGGCCUUCGCUGUGACCCGCUCCUGUGCCGAGGGCACGUCCACGAUCUGCGGCUGUGAUUCCCACCACAAAGGGCCUCCGGGAGACGGCUGGAAAUGGGGGGGAUGCAGCGAGGACGCCGACUUUGGUGUGCUGGUAUCCCGGGAAUUCGCAGAUGCUCGAGAGAACCGGCCAGACGCCCGCUCGGCCAUGAACAGACACAAUAACGAGGCCGGAAGGACGACCAUUCUGGACCACAUGCACCUGAAGUGCAAGUGCCACGGUCUCUCGGGAAGCUGCGAGGUCAAGACCUGCUGGUGGGCCCAGCCUGACUUUCGGGCCAUUGGUGACUACCUGAAGGAUAAAUAUGACAGCGCUUCUGAGAUGGUGGUUGAAAAGCACCGGGAAUCUCGGGGAUGGGUAGAAACUCUUAGGGCCAAGUAUGCUCUUUUCAAGCCACCGACAGAGCGGGAUCUGGUCUACUAUGAGAACUCCCCCAAUUUUUGCGAGCCCAACCCAGAGACAGGAUCCUUUGGGACAAGGGACAGAACAUGCAACGUCACCUCACAUGGGAUUGACGGCUGUGACCUGCUGUGCUGCGGUCGUGGCCAUAACACCAGAACUGAGAAACGGAAGGAGAAGUGUCACUGCAUCUUCCACUGGUGCUGCUAUGUGAGUUGCCAGGAGUGCAUACGUGUCUACGACGUCCACACCUGCAAGUAA